GCUCAACUUCUUCAUAAGCUACGACGAGUAAGAAAUGAGGACGGACCCCUGCCCGCUGACGCACAAGGAGAACCGCUCCUUCUGCCUCUUCAAGAACCCCGACGAGACCUUUGGGGGAACCCCUUUCAAGAUCUACCUCUGCCACGAGCCCUGUCCCACAGCGGCGUGUUGUGAGGUGCUGGAGGAGAACUACUACCCCCAGAUAAACAUCACUCCCAUCGCCCCCAGCCAGCUGACCGUGGUCCUCAAUUCCAGCCGGUUCAUCUUCAGCUGGCUCAGCAGCUACGAGGUGUAUCUGCCCAACUUCUUCCUCCAGGACUAUCUCCAGUACCAGCUCCGUCUGCAGCGGGAGGACCAGCACCAGGCCCCUGUGACCCUCUCUGGGAUGGGGAGGAGCUUGGCGGUGGACGUGGAGAGUCUGGCUGCGGGGGGGCAGUAUACGGCCCGUGUGCGCAGCAGUCCUGCAGAAGGUACCGACUACCGCGGCAAAUGGAGCCCCUGGUCCCAGGAGAGCCGCUGGAGGACUCCUGGGGGGCCCCCUCGUGGCCCCCCCCAUCGUGGCGGGGGUCGGGACGUGGGGCUGGUCAUCGCCGUGUGUCUGCUGACUCCCGUCCUGCUGCUGGCCUCCGUUACUCUGCUGAGGAUGAGGAAACGCACCUUCAUACCCACACCUGUGCUGCGCUUCUCCCCCCUCACCGAACACCGCCAGAGCUUGGCAGUGCCCCUCCCCCCCGACACGGCGCCGAUGGAGGCCGAGUGCGCCGCCCUGAUCUCCGUCCUCCGCGCGCCCGUCGACGUCCCGGUGGACGCUCGGGCGGGGGCCCCGGGGCCCGACGGGAAGGGGGCCCUUGAGAGCGGCCCCGAGGAGGACUCAGGUUGCUGUCACUGCAGCCCCCGCUCCGAGGACGGGGGGGGCUACAGGAACGCCUACUGCACCCUGAGCGACCCCCCUGAACCCCCGGACCCCCCACACACCCAGGGGGACGGGGAGCGGGGCGGGGGGGGCUACAGGAACGCCUACUGCACCCUGAGCGACCCCCAGGACCCCCCAGGGCCCCCCAGGGCUCCAGAGUGGCCCCCGCUCCGAGGCCCCCGUCUGAGGCCCCCGUCUGAGGCCCCCGUCUGA